CAUAAAUGAUCUGAAACCGAUUGGUGACGUCUGUCAGAACGUCGUGACAUCAUAUUACGUCCAGUCUCUCCACCCGUUCGCAGCUAUGAUGGAAGGGCUGGACGACGGACCUGACUUUCUCUCCGAGGAGGACCGGGGACCACGAGCGGUGAAUGUGGAUCUGCAGACUGAUGCCACACUGCAGGUUGACAUCUCCGAUGCCCUCAGCGAGAGGGACAAGGUCAAAUUUACCGUCCAUACCAAGAGCACGCUCCCCAACUUCAAACAGAAUGAUUUCUCAGUGGUCCGACAGCAUGAAGAGUUCAUCUGGCUGCACGACUCAUUUGUGGAGAAUGAAGACUAUGCAGGAUACAUAAUCCCGCCUGCCCCACCCAGACCAGACUUUGAUGCAUCCAGAGAGAAGUUGCAGAAACUGGGAGAAGGAGAGGGAUCCAUGACAAAGGAGGAGUUUACCAAGAUGAAGCAGGAGCUGGAGGCAGAAUAUCUGGCCAUCUUUAAGAAGACCGUAGCCAUGCAUGAGGUUUUCCUAUGUCGCGUGGCGGCUCAUCCUGUCCUCAGAAAAGAUCUCAACUUUCACGUCUUCUUGGAGUACAACCAGGAUCUGAGUGUACGAGGGAAGAACAAGAAGGAGAAGCUGGAGGAUUUCUUUAAGAACGUGGUGAAGUCAGCUGAUGGAGUUCUGGUGGCCGGAGUCAAAGAUGUGGAUGAUUUCUUCGAGCAUGAGAAGACGUUUUUAUUAGAAUACCACAACAGAGUGAAAGACGCUUCAUCUAAAUCUGACAGAAUGAUUCGUUCCCACAAAAGUGCUGCAGACGACAUCAACAGAAUCGCCUCAUCUCUUUACACGUUAGGGACACAGGACUCCACAGACCUCUGCAAGUUCUUCUUGAAAGUGUCAGAGCUGUUUGAAAAAACAAGGAAAAUAGAAGCUCGAGUUGCAGCAGAUGAAGAUCUGAAACUGGCUGACUUGCUGAAAUAUUACCUGAGGGAGUCGCAGGCUGCAAAGGACCUGCUUUAUCGAAGGAGUCGGGCUCUGGUGGACUACGAGAACGCCAACAAGGCUCUUGAUAAAGCUCGAGCCAAAAACCGGGAAGUGCUCCAGGCAGAGACCAGCCAGCAGCUCUGCUGCCACAAGUUUGAGAAGAUCUCGGAGUCUGCCAAACAAGAGCUCAUAGACUUCAAGACGAGGCGAGUCGCAGCAUUCAGAAAGAACCUGGUGGAGUUGGCAGAGCUGGAACUCAAACAUGCCAAGGGAAACCUUCAGCUGCUGCAGAGCUGUCUGGGUGUUCUUAAAGGUAAUACUUAACUAUAUGGCACAUCCCACAUCCAGCUGGACAUGCCCCCUCACCACAGCCCCACCCAUUUCCAGCUGGACACGCCUACACUGGUGCAGCAACCAGAGAGAUGGACGGCACCAAGAAUUUUAGAACAACAGAGAUUGUGGGGGGAAAAGAGGGUUCACAGUGACAGGAAGUCUGUUGUCUUCAUUGCUAAAGAGAUGAGAUCUUCUCUCCCUCUUCUUCUUUGUCUUUUCCUUUUCAUCCCACAGUCUCUCUCUACACUGUCAUCUGUCUGUUGAUUCAGAACCAGUAAGACCUUAUUGGUUUUGUAGCUGAUCCAGUUCCACACCAGUUCUAUUGGUCUAACAUGACCUGGUGGGUUAGCGUUUCUUCUGAGUUCAUGAUGAAGUAGCUUUUAGUAAAGUCCAGUUAUUGAAAGUUCUGUUAACUGAACUUUCACACCAAUAUUUUCAGUGCACAGUCCAGCACAUGGCUGUUACUCAGAGGGGGCGGGGUUUAUCCCUGCCUGCCAGUUCAAGAGGAGCUGGUCUCUGUCCACCUGCUGAUCUCAGGUCCAGUCUGGACUGAAUCAGAUGCUGUAAUGUACUUGCUCCCCCAUCCACAAUUACUUCCUCAUCUGUCAUUAUGAUGUCACCGUCCUCUUCUUCGUUGCCCUGGGUUACGUUCAUCUUACGGUUUCUUAUGUGUACAGGGGCGUUUGGUGUCAGUGAACUUCCUCUGCUGCUGCUUUGUUACAGCGUUUGGAGUCCAGCUCUUGGUUGCCGUUAUUAUUAAAGUGUAAUAUCACUAAAUAAUAAAUGGGGGGGAAAAAGACAAUUACAUCUUUGUAUUGGUUAAAUAAUGAAUGCUCAUCAUCAUCAUGUCACUAAUCUUAUGCUUCAGAUUUGUGUCUAAUUUUCACUUGUCGUGUCAGAUGAGUGAGCUUCAGUAUGUUUGCCUUAAUGUAGGUCAGUCGCUCUUGUUAAUUAUUGUAAAGAAAAAAAGAACAGAAUGAUUAUGUGGACUUUUUAUUUUUUCUCUUUGUUUUUGUUUUUUUUAAGUGCACAGUGUACGAAUGUUUUUUCACUCUUAUGUGACCAAAGCUUCCAUUGAUGAAUCGAGAUGCAAACAUGGGGAAACUUCGGACGGUAAAUGAGAAGACUGGUGAUUAAUAAAAGUUUAUUAAAUUCACAUUUCUGCUGUCUGAGAAUCAACAUGUCCGCAGACGACUCUGGUCAUGGGACUCAAUAAAACCUGUGAACAGUU